GACACAAGUCCAGUGCUACCGCCGUCUCUCCACCGUGUCCAACACUCUUGAACUCUCAUUGCAUGCAGCUCUGGAUUGCGCUGCUUCUCCAUCAUCCUGCUGGUCUCGGCUCUGCGGCGAGGUCAUCUUGGGAGCGAUCCUCGAGUCCAAGGGUGCGCCCCUCCGUCGACAAGUUUCCAGCCGCUAGAGACCGGCACCGACACCACAUUGCGACACAACCACGCGUCUGCCCGUUGCUGCACCCGAUAAAGCCUCCUGAAGCUGCCCCUACUGCCGCCUUCAUCGCCGAGUGAAGCGCGCUCCCAGGUGUGACGCCAUCUACCAACCUCCCCCGCGCUCCGAUGAGUGCUGUCGAACCCUCCAGGUCGUCGGCCGCACCGUUGCUCGACGGGGGCAAGCCGGCGGAGGAAGACCAGUCUGGCCUCCUCGCCAAGGGCAAGCGCAAGCUGCUGGGCUUGGGCAAGAAGAAGGACGGCGACAAGAAAGAGGGGGAGCAGAUGGAGGCCGACAAGCCAGCAGCAAACACGCGCACCAUGUCUCCCCCGAAUGCGCCAACGCUCCUCCCCUCUCCGCCCAUGACUUCACCGGACCGACGCGCGUCUCCUCGCGGCAGCCCGCGCAUGUACCCAGCGGGCAUUGGGGCAUCCCCAAACCGCCGAAUCAACCGCUCCACCUCUCCCGGCCUGCAUUCUCCGGCCUCAUCCCAGAUAUUCGAGCGCAACGUGCAGGAGCCCGAGCCGUCACCUGCCAUCCCGGCCCAUAUAAAGACGGAAGACCACAUACCAGCGGCAUUGGAUGCGUCGUCAAUAGCAAUCACGGACGACCAUCUGAACCCGGAUGAGGUGGAGAUCAUUAUGCACUCUGCCCACCAGCCUGCCGCCGCUGCAGUUGCGGGCAGCGUCACGGAUUCUGUCUACUCGCCCUCGUUGGCCCACGAGGAGUCUAUGUUCAGCCACCCCGAUCUCGCCGAAUCUGCUUCCAACUCGGGCUACGGGUCUUUGGACACGACGGACCCACGUCGCCUGAGCUUCAUUUCUUUUGCAGACGUCGUUCAGGCUGAGCACGCCGAAACGGACAGGGAUGCCAUGCAGUUUAUGAGCUUAUCCUCGACGGCCAACCGCUCGCCCUCGCCGGUACGAUCGCCGGCGUCUUCUCACGGCUUCAGUGCAUCGCCGCCCAGGAGUGGUGCCACAUCUGAAAAGGGCGCAGAUUAUGGGGCAGCCAAAGGCGGCGCUCGGACUCCCGGCAGCCCUACGACACAUGGCACGCAUAGCCCGCCAUUGGGCGGCGGCGAACUGCAGAUUGAGACAAUGCGGCAGGCGCUGCGGCGGACGGGCUCUGGCGACCUCAGUGGAGCGCGGUCCCAGCCGCUGAGCGCUGUCAGUCUCGAAGACGCCGUUGCCGAUCAGCCGCCGUUCAAGUGAGGGCGCGUUCGGCGCUGGGUGCCUCACUCUGGGACCUGGGUGGGUGGGUGUUUGUCUGCAGCGGCGAGUCCGACUGUGCAGACUGCUUUUGGUAAUUUGGCCAUGUCGCGAGUGUUGGAGACACUGCGUUCAUUGGACGGGGCACGGAGCUCGGUUUCGAUAUCCACGUUGGCGUUUAUCAUCUGGCUUACCUGGGUACUUGAUCUCACUGAGAUGGCUGGGCAGGGCGGAGAGGGCAUCUGGAAGGGGAAGUGGUGCACAUCUGGCUGGCUGAGAGGUAGCACGGGCGAUCUUUCGGCGAAGUAGUUGGAUAGCAUUCUACUUUUUCUUGAAUAUGAUUUGCAGCAACGGCGUC